ACCGAUUGGAUAUUGCAGUAGCGAAUUUCGGCACUAACAAUAUCGGCAUCUUUCAUGGAUUUGGGAAUGGAUCUUUUGCAAGUCAAAUAGAACUUUCAACAGGCUCAUCUCGUCCGAUAGCAAUUAUUGCCGUUGAUUUCAACAAUGACUCACUACUUGAUGUUGCCACUGCGAAUUACGGAACUCACAGUAUUAGUAUAUUCUAUGGAUAUGGUCAUGGAAAUUUUUCGUCUCCAAAUACGUAUUCAACAGGUUAUGAUUCUCUUCCAUCCUCAUUAGCUGCUGGAGAUUUCAAUAACGACAACUAUUUAGAUCUCGCCAUUGCCAAUUAUGGCACGAAUCAUGUUGGCAUACUUUUUGGAAAUACCAACAGAACUUUUGAAAAACAAAUCACGCUUUCAACUGGACUUGGUUCCCAUCCAUUCGCAAUUGCGGUCGGCCAUUUCAAUGCCGACAACUUCCUGGAUAUCGCUAUCGCGAAUUCCGGAACACGCGAAAUAGGUGUAUUCUUAAACAAUGGCAAUAGAACUUUCGCUAAUCAAGCCACCUAUUCCAGCGGUUCUGCUUCUCCGUAUGCGAUUGGCAUCGGAGACUUCAAUCAAGAUAAUCGAUUGGAGAUCGUCAUCGCUAAUAACGGCAAUGAAAAUAUAGGUGUACUUCUCGGAUAUGGAAACGGCCAUUUUGAAAAUCCCAUUAUGUAUUCAACUGGAUCUUAUUCUUCGGUUUCAUUUGCUAUAGGUGAUCUUAACAAGGAUCAUCGAUUAGACAUUGUCGUCGUGAACAAUGAUACUGGUAGCAUAGAUAUUCUCCUUGGUUAUUUUGAGGGAUUUUUAAAUCAAACAAGGUAUUCAGCUGGCUCUUCUCCACAAUCUGUAGUUGUUGGUGAUUUCAACAACGACACUCGACUAGAUAUCGUUGUCGCCAAUUCAGGUAGCAAUGAUGUGAGUAUCCUUCUUGGAAAUGGGAAUGGUUCUUUUGAAAAUCAAACAAGGUAUUCAGCUGGCUCUUGGCCAUCCUCUGCAGUUGUUGGUGAUUUCAACAACGACACUCGACUAGAUAUCGUUGUCGCCAAUCGGUUUAGCAAUGAUGUGAGUGUCCUUCUUGGAAAUGGAAAUGGUUCUUUUGACAAUCAAACAAGGUAUUCAGCUGGCUCUUUUCCACUUUCUGUAGUUGUUGGUGAUUUCAACAACGACACUCGACUAGAUAUCGUUGUCGCCAAUUAUUAUAGCAAUGAUGUGAGCAUCCUUCUUGGAAAUGGAAAUGGUUCUUUUGAAAAUCAAACAAGGUAUUCAGCUGGCUCUUAUCCACGAUCUGUAGUUGUUGGUGAUUUCAACAACGACACUCGACUAGAUAUCGUUGUUGUCAAUUAUGAUAGCAAUGAUGUGAGUAUCCUUCUUGGAAAUGGAAAUGGUUCUUUUGAAAAUCAAACAAGGUAUUCAGCUGGCUCUCAGCCAACAUCUGUAGUUGUUGGUGAUUUCAACAACGACACUCGACUAGAUAUCGUUGUCGCCAAUUUGAAUAUCAAUGAUGUGAGUAUCCUUCUUGGAAAUGGAAAUGGUUCUUUUGAAAAUCCAACAAGGUAUUCAGCUGGCUCUCGACCACAAUCUGUAGUUGUUGGUGAUUUCAACAACGACACUCGACUAGAUAUCGUUGUCGCCAAUGACGGUAGCAAUGAUGUGAGUGUCCUUCUUGGAAAUGGAAAUGGUUCUUUUGAAAAUCAAACAAGGUAUUCAGCUGGCAUUUGGCCAUCCUCUGCAGUUGUUGGUGAUUUCAACAACGACAAUCGACUAGAUAUCGUUGCCGCCAAUUUGGGUAGUAAUGAUGUGAGUGUUCUGCUGCAAUAUAACAGAGGAGCGAUAGCAUAUAAAAUGGCGUAUGCAUCUGGUGGAGGAUCUAGCCUACAAUGCGUAGUGAUUGGUGAUUUGAACAACGAUACUAAUCUGGAUAUUGUCUUAGCUAAUUAUGGCACUAAUAAUAUCGGCGUCCUUGUCGGAUAUGGAAAUGGUAGUUUUGAAAACCAAAUGAUGUUCAGCACUGGCGCAAAUUCUCAUCCGAUUUCCAUCGCGGUUGGCGACUUCAAUGGUGACCGCAUAGCGGAUAUUGCUUUAGCCAAUAAUGGUACCAAGCAUGUAGAUCUGAUGCUUGGAAGUGGAAACGGAAAAUUUGCAAUUCAAACAAGUUAUCAAAUUAGUUUUGAUUCACCUCCGUUAGUGAUGGCUUCUGGUGAUUUUAAUAAUGACAAACGAUCGGAGAUCGUGAUCGCUAACGCUGGAAGUAAUCAUGUGGAUAUCUUUGUUGCGUACAAUCAUGGCUCUUUUGAAAAUCAAACAAGGUACUCAGCUGGCUCUUCUCCACAAUCUGUAGUUGUUGGUGAUUUCAACAACGACACUCGACUAGAUAUCGUUGUCGCCAAUUCAGGUAGCAAUGAUGUGAGUAUCCUUCUUGGAAACGGAAAUGGUUCUUUUGAAAAUCCAACAAGGUAUUCAGCUGGCUCUCGACCACAAUCUGUAGUUGUUGGUGAUUUCAACAAUGACACUCGACUAGAUAUCGUUGUCGCUAAUGGGAAUGGCAAAGAUGUGAGUGUCCUUCUUGGAAAUGGAAAUGGUUCUUUUGAAAAUCAAACAAGAUAUUCAGCUGGCUCUUAUCCACGAUCUGUAGUUGUUGGUGAUUUCAACAACGACACUCGACUAGAUAUCGUUGUCGCCAUUUCUUAUAGCAAUGAUGUGAGUAUCCUUCUUGGAAAUGGAAAUGGUUCCUUUGAAAAUCAAACAAGGUAUUCAGCUGGCUCUUAUCCAUCAUCUGU